UUGCAACAGAUUAGUGACCCUGGUUUAUGUUCUUGGCUAGUGUGUUACCUGGACUAGGCUGUAAAAAUCUGUGAACGCUGUUGCUCUGAGUUAGGAACAGAAUGGCUGGGACAGAACCAUUUUUGGCAGAUGGCAAUCAGGAGUUAUUUCCCUGUGAAGUCUGUGGAAGACGCUUUGCAGCAGAUGUUCUGAAAAGGCAUGGACCAAUAUGUAAAAAACUCUUCAACAAAAAACGCAAACCUUUCAAUUCUUUGAAGCAAAGAUUACAGGGCACUGACAUUCCUAUUGUGAAGAAGACUCCGCAAUCUAAGUCUCCACCUGUGAGGAAGUCUAACUGGAGACAGCAACAUGAAGACUUUAUUAAUGCAAUCCGAUCAGCAAAGCAGUGUACGCUAGCCAUUAAAGAAGGCCGACCCCUCCCACCUCCACCUCCUCCAUCCUUGAACCCAGAUUAUAUUCAAUGCCCAUAUUGUAUGAGGAGGUUCAAUGAAACCGCAGCCAAGCGACAUAUUAAUUUCUGCAAGGAUCAAUCUUCUCGCCGAGUCUUUAAUCCAGCCGAGACAGCAGCCAAAUUGGCAUCCAGAGCUCAGGGUAAGGCUCAGAUGGGUCCAAAAAAAGAACCAACUGUUACCAGUGCCGUGGGAGCUUUGCUGCAGAACAGGGCCCUCGUGGCCACGAAUGAAGCCCCAAACAAGUCAGGAUCAGCUAUGGACCCUGCUUCUGGAGCAAAACUCAGACAAGGAUUAAGUAAAUCUUCUAAAAAAGAUUAACUCCUAGAAGCCAGGCUGCUCCCUGAAACCCAUCAGCCUGGAUGGCUGCAUACCGGGGAAUGCCACCUAAGGAGAAGGAUCGUAGAUGUGAUGUCUGUUUAUACACCCUUGAUUCUUCUUGAAGCAUCACUUAGAACAAGUAAAACUAGCUUCAAAUUUUUAUUUACUCCCUUUGAAAUUUUCAAAACAAAACCGUUAAACACAUGGAUCGUAUAAUGCAUU